AUGAGAGACGGCUGGUGCAACGCCACGUACGACAGCAUCCUCUGCUGGCCGCCGACAGAAGCUGACACCCAGCUGCUGCUGCCUUGUCCGCCCUUCAAGGGCGUCGACCCCAACAAGUUCGCGCGGCGCUACUGCAUGCCGGACGGCACGUGGCGGGGCCGGACCGGCGCGUCGCCCGAGCCUCGGCGGCUGGACCAACUACUUCCGACUGCUACAUCCCCCGAGGUUAAGAAGCUGAUGGACCAGCUGUACAGCUCUUCGGGCGACGACGCAGGCGGAGUGCGCCGGCUGCCACGGAAGGUGGACCACGCUCAGGCACCACGCGAGUGCGUGGCGAACGGCUGGUGCAACGCCACGUACGACAGCAUCCUCUGCUGGCCGCCGACAGAAGCUGACACCCAGCUGCUGCUGCCUUGUCCGCCCUUCAAGGGCGUCGACCCCAACAAGUUCGCGCGGCGCUACUGCAUGCUGGACGGCACGUGGCGGGGCCGGACCGGCGCGUCGCCCGAGCCCGGCGGCUGGACCAACUACUCCGACUGCUACAUCCCCGAGGUUAAGAAGCUGAUGGACCAGCUGUACAGCUCUUCGGGCGACGACGCAGGCAAAAAGCUGCGAAUCGCGUGGAUUUGUCGGAUUCUGGAGAUGGUCGGCCUUGGAGUUUCCUUCUGCUGCAUCGUCAUCUGUCUGUUUCUCUUCUUCUACUUCAGGCGCCUGCGGAACAGCCGCACGAGGAUCCACAUCCACCUGUUCACGGCCAUUCUGGUGCUGGUCGUGCUGCGUCUGACGCUGUACAUUGACCAGUACAUCAUCCGCGGCACGAGCGCCGACGGCCAGGAGCGCGGCAUCGACAACACGCCGGUGCUCUGCGAGCUGUUCUACGUGCUGCAGGAGUGGGCGCGUUCGGCCACCUUCCUCUGGAUGUUCCUCGAGGGCUUCUACCUCCACUCGAUGCUCACGAGGGACGUCUUUAACGAGAAGCCCAACUUCGUAGUGUUCAGCUUAAUAGGCUGGGGCCUUUCUAUACUCCUUACGUCGGUGUGGGCCAUCGUCAUGGCCUGUCUCUACACCGAAACGCAGUGCUGGUGGGGGUAUCAUGUCAGUUUAUUCUACUGGAUAAACCAAGGACCACGUUUCAUGGUCAUCGCGGCCAACCUGGGCUUUCUGCUCAACAUCAUGAGGGUGCUUGUUACGAAGCUUAAGGAGAGCAAUUCUAACGACGUUCAAAAGAUAAGGAAGGCGGUGCGCGCCGCGCUAUUCCUGCUGCCGCUGCUCGGCAUCACGCACUCGCUGCAGAUGUUUGAGCCGCCGCUGGACCGGUCCGUCGCCGUCUUCGGCUGCUAUACCAUCGUACUGGCCGUGCUCGACUCGUUCCAGGGCUUCUUCAUCUGCUUUCUUUACUGCUUCAUCAACCAGGAGGUGCGGGACGCCGUGGUUAAGCAGUGGCAUGACCUGAGCGACCAACGUCAGCUGCGCUGCCGGCGACAGUCCCACGUCGACCGCAAGCUGAGCUGUCGCCUGCUGCACAUGCCCAGCCACCGGCCGGGAGAGGGAGGCGCCGCCACCAACCGGACCGCCACCAGCGAAGACCUAUGA